AUGCGGCCAGCGACAUCAGCACUACGCGUCAGGACAAGACGCGACCGCAGCAACCCGACAUCGGCAAAAGCUGCGGCAGGCGGUCGAAGAGGCGGCGGCCGCGGUCGCGGCUGGGGAUUUGUUUUGGCGGCGGCGUGUCGUGUGCUGCGGCGCAGCGUGCCGUGGCCGGCAGGGGCAGCCGCGGGGGGUGGAGUGGGCAGCGGCGGCGGCGACGGCAGCGCCGGCCGGCGGGUGGUGGGGGAGGGAGGCGGGCCGCCCGCACCCCGGCGCGCCGCAGUGCUGCCGCGGCCGCACCGCCGACCGGACCCACGCCGCGCGCGCUCCUCGCCGCAGCACAACAGGAGCUUCUCAGCGCCAGGAUGUGCCCGUGCCGCGCGCCGUGUUUGUGUAGGAGACGGCGGGUCGGCCUUCCGCAGCGGGGCAGCGGCGUGGCGUGUCGCAAGUGUCCGUGCUUUCACCCACACUGCGGCAGGCCGGCCCACGGCGCGGCAUUCCACGCAGUACUUCCCGACCACGUGCGCCCUUGGCGGCGCCUCCGCAGCUUCGACCCUGCCACCAGGGUGUAGACGGCUGCGAGCGGGCCCCGUCUUCACCCAGUUGCUGUCAUCAACGCCUUACUAA